AUGGAUGACGCAGAACUUAAUGCUAUAAGAUCGGCGAGAUUGUCCGAAUUGCAAAAAAAUUCGGGCCAAGCGCCGGCUGACCAAGGAGGGGAUAAAAAGGAUGACAUGAAGCUUUCGAUGUUAUCGCAAAUACUAGAAACAAGCGCCAGAGAAAGAUUGAGUAGAGUUAGGAUAGUUCGCCCAGAUAGGGCCGACGCAGUCGAGCAGUACAUCAUCAAGUUGGCCGCUACGGGGAACAUCACUCGGAAAUUAUCUGAAAAUGAUAUCGUGGAAAUUCUCGACGGUAUAUCACGAGAUGAGAAGAAACAGACACAGAGCAAGAUUGUGUUCGACAGAAGGACCACAAAUAUCGACUCGGACGAGGACGACGACUUCUUUGAUUAG